AUGGAGACCCCUUCUCUAUCCAUCAAAAGCAAUCAAGAAAGGGCGACCCCCAAUGCCGAUCAAGUGGAGCAAGAGGUGAACUUGUUCUCCUUUCGGCCCGGGAUUGCGCAAAUGAUGUUGGAGAUGUGUCUCUUGAUAAUUCGCGGACCACGUAUUCGUGUCCGCCCCAUGUGUCUCAAAUUGGUCAAACCGUCGAACAAUUGCAAAAGGAAAAACUCCCAACACAAUAACCCUAACCCUUAUCCAAGCUCCCGAGAAAAUAAACUGAAAACAUGA